GUCGUUCUUUUUCCAUCACGAUAGUGAUACACGCUCUUUCGGGAUUCUCCCUCUUCAUUCGUUCAUUUCGACUAUUGACCUGGUUGUCAUAUCCAAAAUGGUUAAACUCUUUCAGAAUGGUCUGGCAUCAGGCCUCAUGGCCUACGCCUUGUACCAGCAAGCUCUGGCUGUGGAACUGGCCGAGAUCGACUCGUACGAGACGACGACCACCAACGCCGAGGUGAAGAUCGCGGUGUCGGGGUCCACUACUACUUCUACCUCGUCCUUGGAUCUGCAGGACCAGCACUCAUUCUACUGGGGUGGUGGCGAGACCGACAUCCUGGGAAACUUCACAGUGGGCAUGCUGGAGGACUAUGAGAGUAUCCUCGCCAUGGAGGCGUUCAAGGAUCUGGUUCAGAACGUCACUUGCACCAACGGCACCAGUGCCAGCGUGACCGUUGCAUUCCAGGACUCGACCUCAUAUUCUUAUGCCAAGAAUGCCUGGAACUGGGUCAACGACGACGAUGCUCACUAUGUCAUGCUGGUGGCCGGUGCUGGCCAGUGUGGCUGGAACACCAUCAGACAGCCGUUCAUCAUGACGGGUGCCAGCUUCCGCGAUAACGUCAACACUGCUCGAUUCACCGGCAACGUGACCGAGUGGGAGGAUUCCGUGCGCAACUACGCCAUCAAGAUCGGCAAGCCCACCACCGACUCGCAGGUUGCCAUUGCGAAACGCGGUGUCACCAAGAGAAAGCGCGGUGAAAGCACCAGCGACAAGACCAUCGACAUCGCCAAGGACUUCUCUUUCAGUGACAAAUCUUUGUUCGACAAGGACGGCGUCUCGCUGUCUGCCGGAUGCUCGACCUGCAAGACCGAGGGCGAGUUCGACCUGGUCUUCGAGUACACCAGCGGUGCCAGCGGCCUGUGGAACGUGAUUACUGGCAGCGAGAAGGCCACGGCCACCUUGUCGCCCAAGGGUGUCUCCGCCUACAUCGAGCCCCAGGUCAAGCUGGGCGGGAACCUGACCAAGUCGGAGGCGGACGAAGUCGACCUGGUCACGAUCCCCAUUGACGGCAUCAGCAUCGCCAAGAUCGCCACCAUCGGCCCCAUGGUCAAGGUCGCCCUCGGAUGGUCGAUCGGUCCGAUCGACGGAGAAGCCACCAUCGGCAUGGGUGUUGAAAUCGAUCUCAAGGACUCGGCCACCGCGGAGCUGACCUUCGACGAGGGCUCCAAGAACGCCGUCAGCUUCACGCAGAGCGGCUGGUCGCCCACCGUCACCACCACAGACAUCUCUCUGGACGCCAAGCUGGAGGCUAACGUCGAGAUCUACGGCAAGGUGUCGGUGGAGCUUGAGCUCGAGAUCUUCAGUUAUGGCUGGGAGGCCGGUAUCUACAUGCAGCCCUACGUCGGUGCCGACCUGGCCCUCGAGGCUUCCAACAAAGCUGCCUGCUCCAAGGACGGCUCCGAGUACCACUACGCCGUCGAGAUUACUCCUUCGGCCGGUGUCAACCUGGUUGCCGACGUCGCGAGUGCCAGCGACGAAGCGAACCCCAUCAGCACCUGGAACAUUGCGUCCAUCGCCACCACGCUGUCCGAGCAAUGCUUCGGCUUCGACAAGAUCACGUCCACCACGACCACGACGACCACCACCAAGUCCUCGAGCAGCUCGAAGACCACCAGCUCCAGCUCCAGCUCCAAGCAGACCGGCUCCUCCUCCCACGUCGCCAGCUCCUCGGCCACCUCCAAGGCCACCUCCAAGGCGCACCCCAGCAGUGGCUCGGCCCAUGCCACGUCCACUGCGGCCGCGUCCAAGACCUCCGCCCACGCGUCCAGCCACAGCCCCAGCAUCACCGCCUCUCCUUCGCACAAGGCCCGCCGCAACAUCAUCGGCGGUCACGGCCGCCGCAGACAGUACUAGGUCGGGG